UAAAUCUUUAAGUACUAUUUAAUUAAUGGUGAACAAGUAUGUCAAUUUUAGCCGGUGUGUUUCAGUGGUUAAAGACAACACUUUGGCCAUCGCAAGCUUUGAAGCGUCGAAGGUAUUAAAGGAAAUAUUGUCUAACCAGCCAACAAAGUUUGACAUAGCAUAAGUUUGACUUAUUGAAGUAUCGUUAAAAUGGGGUAAAGACUAGUCAAAUGGCAAAAACAACCAUAUCAGUCAAAAAGGCAUCAUUAUUUUGGAAUAAGUUUAAUGGAGAUAGUGUUGCUGAAGAAGAAGAUGAAGAUAUAUUUUUGAACUUUCAAAGUUCCAGCAAAAGAACUAAGUUCAUGACAACACCAGUCAUAACAAAUAAAAACCCAAUGUCUGAUGGUACAAACUUCGAAAGAUCUUUGAGUCGGCCUCAAAACAUUAGAAAUAUUCCUAUAAGGAUUGAGAAGAAAACCUUUCGUCAAAGAGUUAUGAGUCAAGAGGUUAAAGAAAAUGAUCCUGAUGUCAUAGAAGUAAUCGAUCUCGACAGUAAAAAUGAGCAAAAGCCAGUGGAGAGAAGACCACCUCUCACAAACACGGCUACAAGGAUAAAGUCUAGAAACUUUAAUGCUGACUUGACAGCAAGAAAAACACCUAGUCCUCACUUGCACAGGAGCAAUCAAGAAAAGAAGCAACUGGAAAUGUGUGUUGGACUUUCGAAUUCCAGUAAAAAGCUGGAAAUAAAUGUCUCGGUUCCUGAAAAGAAGCAGAACGGAGUUCACUCUUCGAUUUAUAAUGGUUUCGCUAGUAGCCAGUUACGACCUUCGCGGACAUCUACACCUAAAGUGACAGCUUUGAACCAGACUCAUUUGUAUGCAGAUAGAAUGACUUAUUCAAAGCUUUUACAACAGUACAACAAUUAUUCAAGCCACAAAAGCGAGUUUCAAGAUUGUCCUAGUACUUCAAUCAAGAAGAGUGUGCUCCAGAAUGGAUUGUCAUCAUUUUAUGGACCAUCAAAAUCAAAACUCGCUGAUGCUGGUGGGGACGUUGUCGACCUCACUAGAGAUGACAAUGGAGACCAUGUUAAGAGGCGGUCACAGUCUAAACACCACAUCCCUGUCAAGCCAUACAAGCCUCUUACAGAUGAUGACGACGUCAAGAUCAUUGAAGAAAGAAAACUACCCUGUGUAAACUCAUUAGAGCGCAAACUGUCACAAAACUGCCUCGUUUCUCCUGAAUGGAUCACCCAACUCCAAGAGAGAUACAGCGAGAAGGAGAGGGAGACUCAAAGACAGAUCAAAGAGCAGGAGAUCAAAAAGGAACUCUUCUCCAAACACAACGAGGCCAAGUUCUUUGAGGUUCUCAACGACAGAGUAAGAAGACAUAUCAAGAUCACUGACUAUGUAUUGGAUGAUACAGAACCUGAAGAAGCUGCAUUGCCUGAGCUUACGCAAGAAAUGCAGGAUAGAAUAUCUGAUGCACUCAGGCCAAACCCAGCAGGACAAGGUUUAGUUGAAGGUUUUGGGCAAAAGAUUACAAGAAGGGACAUUCAAACACUCAACGGCCUGAAUUGGCUUAAUGACGAGGUGAUCAACUUUUACAUGAAUUUGAUUAUUGAGCGAGGCAAGGGGGAUAAGCACAUAAGCGUUUACGCUUUCAACACUUUUUUCUACCCUAAGUUGGUAUCACAAGGGUACAGCACACUGAAGCGGUGGACCAAGAAGGUAGACAUUUUCAACCAUGACCUUCUGUUAGUGCCUAUUCAUCUUGGCAUGCACUGGUGUAUGGCCUCCAUAGACUUCAGAGACAAGACUGUACGUUACUUCGACAGUAUGGGAGGCGAAAACAACAAGUGCCUUCAUGCUUUGUUGAAGUACCUGAAUGAUGAGAGUGUAGAUAAGAAAAAGUCACCUUAUGAUACUUCAGACUGGAAACUUCAAAACAUGAAGGACAUACCGCAGCAGAUGAACGGCAGCGACUGCGGAAUGUUUUCCUGCAUGUUUGCUGAAUACACCAGCAGAAAUGCCAAGAUUACAUUUACACAGAAGGAUAUGCCGUAUUUCCGACGGAAAAUGGUCUACGAAAUACUGACCAAGAAACUCCUCUUGUAAAUAAUAUUGUUAAACGUCCUUAACACAUUUGAGAUCUGCUGUUAUACAGAGUAACAUAUUGGUUUAUUUGUAAAAUUAAAAUAUGCUUUUUGAUGCCUACUAUCUUGUCAGUAUUUUUUUUUUUUUUUUUGUAAGUGCAUUGCUAAUUUGUUUGUACUUUUUGUUAAAAUUUAGUUGUUAAAAUCAACCUAGUCAAUUUUUUACUAGCCCAAAAUAUAUUUGUUAUGGUGCAAUCAAAUCUCUAGUAAUAGUCAGAUUAAUUUCAAUUUCAAGUGUUUUUUCUUGGUCACUGUAGUUAAGUGUAAUUGAUUCUGUCAGUCCAAACUAAUUGCAUUAUUACAUUUGUUUUCUAAUAGAUAAAUGCAGAUCAAGUGAUUAUAGGUGUUAAAUUGUAAAAUUUGUUUAGGUGUAAUGUUAAAUUGUACAUAGUUUUAAUUUAAGUAUAUCUUUUUGUAUUGAAACUACUAUUUUGUUUUAAAUUUUAUGAAAGAAACCCCAGGUUGCUGAUUAUGAAAUAAUUAAAGUAGGCUAUCAAUUAGGAUUCUGUUAUGAAGACGUAAUGCGUGUAUUAUGUUGGCCUUUGUGUUGUGACCUUUAUCUAUCAGCCCCUGGGCUCAAACAUUUCUUUAUAAAGUAUUUUGGGAAAUUCCAGUUAAAAUAUAGCAUUUCUCCCUACCUAUAAUAAUAAAAUGCUUCAUAAAUUAAAGUAGCUAUAUUAGAUAUCAUUUGACUGUUUCAAACAAUGUAAAUUACACCAAAACCUGUCCUUGUAAAUAAUUUACUGUAAAUAUGGGCCUUAGAGAUAAUAGUUAAUUUGUAAAGUGUGAUAACAAUUUUUUAAUGAAGUAAUUUUUUCUACA